AUGUUAUCUAAUUUAUUAAUUCAUAAAUUUAUUAUCCAUUUACAUUUAUCUUAAGGUAAUUCACAUUGUGAUUAUAAAGUAAAUUACCAUAUCAAUUGUAUAUUAUCUAAACGUACUAUGACAAACAGAAAAUAGCAUUGUUUAUAAGCCAAAGGAUGUAAGGCUUUAACAGUAAAUAUUUAUACAUCCAAAUUUAUUGAUGAAUUUUACAAAAAUAUAGUUUAUUUUCCCAAAAUUUCAUACAUUUAAAAUGAUACUUCAGAUAACUUAAUCAAUUAUUAAUGCAUAGUUAUAAAUCUACUAAUGUCCUAUAAAAAUAACUAAAGAGUCAAAAAAAGUAUACCUAAGGAUUUUUACGAAUCAACUUCUAAAAGAGAAGGUUAUAAUUAGGAAAUUACUUUUUAUACCAAGAAUAUGAUUUUAAUUAACAAACAUACCUAAAUGUCUGAGUUCAACUUUGAUAUUUAUUAUGAAUAAAAUUUAAAUUCAAAAUCGACUAAAUUCUGUUCGAGCUACAUCUCAAAGGAAACGAAAUGCAUCCUAGAGCAAUCAGCAAUCCUAAGUGUUAGUCAAAACUAAGUGUGUGUAAUUUCAGAAGAUCAAAUAAAAUAAUCUACUCGAACUAUUGCUGAUGGACACAGGAACAAGAAUGCCUUCUCCAAUUUCUAGUUAAAUAAGUGUAGGGAUAGGGAGAAUUCCAAAGGACUUUUUUAAUUGAUAUAGUUAUAUGUAUGUAUGCGUUGUCAUUUUGGUAAUCUAUGCUGA